AUGCAUCUGUGGCAGGCCACUGCUCCUCUUUGUCUCCUGGCAUCGGCUGCCCUGCCGACGGUCGCUGCCUCCGCAUGGGGCUUUACUGAUGCCAGCGUGGCAGUUCAACCGAAGGGUGCUGGCAUCAACGGUGGUUUUAAGGAACAAAUCUCCUCUUCCAAGCCCCUCGCCAGUCCGCUCGCCUUCACCGGUGCCGAUACCUUGCGCGUCACCUUGACUACCCAGGAAGGUAGCUCUGCGAAACGCCCACACCAGGCUUUCCUGCUUUUGAAGGAUAGCCAAUCCGGCUUGGAUAUCUCCUACCCAUUCACCACCCAGAAGGAACUUCCCCUCCAAUUCCUCACCCUGCCCAAUCCCGUCGACGCCCGUGUGGUCAUUGGUGGCUUCGGCAGCUCCGAAGCCUAUGAUCACUCCGUUUUCAAGCUCUCCAUCGAGCGCGACGUUAACAUCCCCAUCCCAACCGCCGAGGCCCCGAGAUACGGAAAGCUGCCGGAAAUUCACCACACCUUUAAGAACGACCCUACCAACCCUCCCAUUGUCAUCACCCUGGCUUUUGUCGGUGCUGUGAUUGCCUCUCUCCCGGUUCUGGCCGGCCUCUGGCUCUUCCUCGGUGUCAACCUGAACCACCUUCCCACCGCCCUCAAGUCGGCUCCUCUCCCCCACGCCGUCUUCCUUGCCUCCCUGGCUGGAUUCGAGGGUAUCUUCUUCCUCUACUAUACCUCUUGGAACUUGUUCCAGGUUCUACCUGCCGCAGCUGUGGUGGGUGCGGUCGCAUUCGUGAGCGGUAGCCGCGCCCUUGGUGAAGUGCAAGGCCGUCGCCUUGCCGGCCUCCGCUAG